ACGUUUUUUUGCUUUUACGUUUGUUAUUGUUGCUGUUUUUCAAGCUGUAAAAUCAAAAUACGGCCAAAACCGAAAUCUUUUAAUGUCGGCAAUAAUAUCAAAAGUGAUUUUAUAUUGUUGUAUUUAGGAUUGGCACUCGCGAUACUAGAGCUACCAAUCGGAUAACAUUUGUUUUUCACGCUUUUGGAUCCGGAUUGCGUCCAAGUUGAGACCGAUCGAACAUACAUAAAGCUGUCAUAAGUUGAAAACAGACUGAAAUCAGCUGAUCGCAACUGUCUCGUGGAUUGCCUUAUUUGCUGUGUUUGUUCCUCUUUGCAAGAAAGCUUAGAAACUAUGAACACAUUCUAACUAUAACACUACAUUGCUGGACUGUGUAAAAUUUUUAUUAUUACUAAAUAUUGAUCAAAACUGUGAAUUGUGCAAAAUGUUGUUACGUAUUCAUGGAUUUGCCUUAGGCUCUCGAGCAGUGCAGAUAAUCGUUGGUGAUAACUUAUCGGCAGCUAUUAGAAAUCGCAUUGAUAGAAAAUGUGCCGCAAAAGGCAUUAGUCGACUUACAUCAUUUGGUCAAAGCAGCUGCAAAAUGUCUAGUAUCAGCUAUCUAAAGCAUGGUGGGGAAUUGGAAUGUACUGCCGGAACAAUGAAUGAAGUAAAACAAGUCAUUAUUGAAAAACUGGGAAUUGAGGUAGGAUAUACACCGUUUGUUAGCACUCGAGAGCAUUUAACACAGUAUGCCCCAGCAUCAGCGGAUAAACUUCCAAAACGUUCAAUGCAAGAUUCGUUUACUUCGGCUAUAAUUCCAUUGGCAACUGAUAAAAUACUCAAGGAUAAAUAUGUUGGAUUUAUGGGAAAUGUUAGAUUAGGUCGCUUGAUGGAAGAUAUGGAUAUGUUUGCAGUGUGGGUUGUCCAUAAGCACGUGCUUCUUCCUGAUCUUCCGGAAGGUGUUGCUCUUCCGUACACUUUCGUAACGAUUUUAGUAGAUAAGGUAGAUUUUACUGACUUGGUACCAACGCAUGAUGCUGACAUCCGUUUGUCUGGUCAUGUAAGUUGGGUGGGUAAAACAUCGGUCGAAGUAGUUGUAUGGAUGGAGCAAAAAUUACAUGGAAAAUGGCGUAAACUAACGCGAGCGUUGUUCCUGAUGGCAGCUAGAGAUGCAACGAACACUAAAGCAGCUCUGAUAAAUCCUUUAGUUCCGGCAAAUGAUGAAGAAAAAGCCAUUUUCAUCGGAGGAGAAUCUCGUAAACAUAGACGAAUACAGUUGCAGAAAGAAGAUUUGCUUAAAACAGAGCCAAACGAUUUUGAGCAAGGCAUUGUUCAUGACUUGUUUGUAAAAUCUAUAGACACGAAGAGUCGUGCCUUCAACAAACGAAUUCUGCCUCCUGGAUAUGUUUGGAUGGAAGAUGCAACAAUAUCCAAUAUUAUUUUUUCUCACCCGGAAGACCGUAAUGCUCAUAACAAAGUGUUUGGCGGUUUUCUAAUGCGUAAUGCAUUAGAACUUAGCUGGGCUUUGGCGUAUAACUUUGCCAAGCGACGUCCCAAGCUGGAACAUAUAUCUGAUAUUAGCUUUCAUCAUCCAGUAGAUGUGUCAUCUAUGUUAAACAUGCAAGCCCAUGUUAUAUACACAGAUCUUCAUUACAUGGAGAUUGUUGUAUUAGCUGACGUUUACGAUGCUGUGACCGGUCAACAAACAACGACCAACUCGUUUUAUUAUACCUAUUCAGUUGCAGAAAGAUUGCCAAGCAUAAUGCCCAAAACUUAUCAUGAAGCAAUGUACUACAUCGAGGGAAGACGUAAAUUCCGGUACGCUAUGGGUAUUGACAAACCAAUAACUAUGGCUGGUGAUAUGAGCAAACUAUAAAGUAAAAUAAUACAUGUUAAAACUGUACUAAACCGCACAACAGGGCUUUAAAAAGUGUAUUAAUUGACUUGUGUUCUUAAUAUUUUUUGUUAAUCAAUGUUAAUAAAAAUAAUUUAAUUGUUCACCGAA